UGUGUGUGUUAGUGUGUGUGUGUGUGUUAGUCCGUGUUAGUGUGUGUGUGUGUGUGUUGUGGUUCCUUGCUAGUGAAGCAGUGAAUCAUUCAUUUCUUGCCCCUGAAGGUAAAUCGGGUUCAGCCUCGGCCCGUUGCCAUGGUUACGUCAUUAUGAAAACAUGACCUGUUGAUUCAGCUCCAUUCAUCAGUCACUCAUCGGUCCAAACCUGCCUGAAGCUCCGACACCAGUCAGUUAAUCUGGUUCCCCGGAGAGUUUAUUACUGCCAUCAAUCAGGACAGGAAACAGGAAAUGGAUCAAUCUGAUUGGUUCCUGACAAUCCGAGCCAUCGGUCUGACCAAUCCCUGAAGGAAGAAUUGGAGAGAUGGGCGGGGCUUGUGUGACAGUCAGACCCAUCACUACGGCUGGGCUGGACCGAGUCGGAACAACGUCACAGCUUCAUAUCAGUCAGUCUUGAUCAUUAUUGAUCAGUUUAGUGUUUAAUCUGUCAAACUGCUGACCAGACGUUUCCUGUUUCAGGUUGUUGCUAGGCAACUGAAGAAUGCCUAGCAAUUCUCUCCCCGCAGCUCUUGGCGGUGGGCGUGGCCUGGACGUCUCAGUGGGCGGGAUCAGACGGCAGCGCAGAGACCUCCGCAUCCGGCUGCCAUAUGAUGACCAAAUGAUGUCAUAUCCAGCCUUGCAAGCAGGAGGCGGAGCCAACGACCUGUACUACCAAUCAGAAGACUGGAGAGGGCGGGGAAUCGACCAGGCUCUGCAGCGAUUGGUGGAGAGAGACCAGAGGCGGGAGCAGGAGGAGGAGCAGCGAGCAGCCAACAGGAUGCAGGAGCCUCUGACGUCACAUUUUAUUCAGAAUAAGCUCCAGAGCCAAUCACGUUCUCCCACAGCUUACCUGGCUGCUUUGCUCCGCCUCCUGAGCGAGGCAGAGAGCGCGGGAUUGGUCGGCCCCGGAGACGUGGAGGUGAUGGAGGAGGAGGAAGAUGAGGAGGAGGAGCAGGGGCCUCCAGGGGACCUCCAGACCACCGAUGCUGCAGACUACGAUGAGACGGGGCGGGGCGUGAGCAUGGGGCGGCCCGGCGCCCCCUGGUGGGACCUGGUGGAGCCGCAGCUGGACAGGAUGGAUCCCCGGCUGGUCCAGAGUCUGCUGCAGAGAACCAGGGAGUACGGACGGACCUCAGCGGCACCGAGCCGAGACCAGGACGCCCUCAGGCGGAUGGUUGCUAAGAUGCUGUCUAGUGUCGGCCCUAACGACGCCCAGGUGAUGAUGUCAUCAGGCCGCAGAGCAAAGAGGGACUUGUCCGCCAUGGCCGAACCCGUUAGCCCCGCCCACAGACGAACCCGCCGCUCCCUGGACGGCCAGUCGCCUAGCAACGAGCCGUCCCUCCUCCGAGUAAAGAGGCUGGACGACGAAGAGGAAGAGGAGGAGAAGCUCCGCCCACGAGGACCCGGGCUGCAAAGGAUGAAACGCAUCAAUACCAUGGCAACCGCUGAGCUGGAGGAAGUAAACCACGGGAGGCGCCGCAGGAGGGCUGUGCUGAACUACGACCCCCAGAUGUUGAUGGAUCAGAUUCUGGAUUACCUGAGGGAGUGAGAGGAGGAAGAGGAGGAGGAGGAAGAUGGUUUGGGUCGUGUCUCACAUUUUUAUUGUUCGUAUCGUUUCUUUGGUUUUGCUGCUUGUGUAAUCUGAGCGGAUCAAAUGUUUGUUGUAUAAAUCAGGAAGAAUUUUCAAGAAGAAGCAAAGUUCUGAUCUAACAUGUCCCAACACUACAUUACCCAUGAGCCUCGGCUGGUACGCAGUGAUGAUGGUUUCUAUUUACGCUCCGAUUCCAUGAGUUUCUAGGCUGAAAAACAACGAGAGCGCCCCCUGCUGUUGGAUUUGUGACGCUGUGAAGGAUCAGCAGGUUUAAUAAAUAAAUCAGUCUGGUUUAAAUUGGGUUGUCUCACACAGAGACCCAAACGUCCUCACUUCCUGUUUAAAAACAUAGAAUGCUAACAGUAGCUAGCUAGCUCCGGUUUUCCAGAGCAGCAUCAAAGCUGACCUCUGACCUUCAGACACAAAGUUCUCAUUGACUGACUUCUAGCAGCAAGGCUUGCUGGGAGUCGUAGUUGACAGGUUCCCUCUGUUAGGACAAAUGGACAUGUGAUGAACAGUGUUUGUGACCGUGGCAACAGCUUCUCAGCUCUGUGAUUGGUUGCUGGUUGUCGAUGUUCCUGUACCUUCAGCUUGUUGCUGUGCUGACUCGUCCGUCUGUGGAGAAACUUUGAUUUGUGUCACAAUAAGAAAUAAAGUUAUUAAAUUCA